AGGGGAAACGCAGAACCCGCCCCAACCCCGGCCUGCGGGAAAGAAGAAGGGGAAAUGCAGAACCCGCCCCAGCCCGGGCCUGUGGGAAAGAAGAGAAAACGCAGAACCCGCCCCAACCCUGGUCUGCAGGGAAGGCCCUGCUGUGCUAUGGCAGGGAUGAUCAGACCUUUGGCCUCUGACCUUGCAGUGAUGUCACAGCAGCUCCAUGGCAACAGUGCACCCAGCACCUCCUGACCACUCCCCGUGUUACAGCAGGCAGUGGGGUUGGCAGUCAUGCACUGGGGCUGAGGCUGGGCUGGAGGAUGGAGAAGGACUCGGGAGCCACACACAGGAGACCCCGGCCUGGCCCUGGAGCCCUGCCCUUGGGAGUGGCCCUUGGGCACCUCAAGUCAGCCAGUGAGGCCACUGAACCUCAGCGGAGCAGGAGUCUGGGGGUCCUGCAGCCGAAGGGGGACUCUCCCAGCCGCCCUGGGAAGCCGCACAAGGAGCCGGAGUCUGAAGAUCAGGGGAAGCGCCCAAGCAGUAACGCAGAAGAUGCCAGCUGUCAGGCAGACCUAGCACAAGACAAGAAGGAAAGCUCCUUCGGCGCCCUGGGGAAGCUGGGUCAUGAGAGUGGAAAGCGGGACCCGGAGACGGAGAAGAGCGGCUCGGAGGCCAGCACGCAGGAGGUGCAGGAAGGCACGCACGCGGAUGGAGGCUGGCAGGAGGCCGAGGAACAGGAGGCAGAGUCCAUAAAGCUAAAUGACCUCCAGGAAAAAGAGAAACCGUCUGUGUUUGUGGAGAUUGAUCUGGGAGACCAUGCUGAGGAGGUGGUCACCGAUGCCAAGAAAGAAGAGAAGCCAUCCCGGAUGGAUGUGGGAGAUCCGUCAGAAGGCGAGACACAGACCAGCUGGGUGUGCUGCAUCCCGUACUCCACCAGGAAGAGGGCGAAGGAGAGCGCCUAGCGCCCAGGAGAAGGUGCUCAGAUCUUGGCGAAGAGGAGGGAGGCGGGGUGUGGAUGGGCUGGGGGGGCAGGAGGUGGGACAGAGGGUGACUGGGCUGCCCGCUUGCCACCCAAGAGCCUUCUCCACCAGGCACCGAGGUUCCUGUUUUCUUCUCGUGGGACUGGCCCUGCCUGGGAGGAGUGAGCGCACAGACAAUGCCUUUGGGUUAACGUUCACACCAGCCCUGAGCAACACCAGGUGCCGAUGACCACGCCAGGUGUGAGCCAUGCCUGAAACCCACUGCCCAUUGCGAGAAUGAUGUGAUCUUAAAAAACAAUAAAUUAGCAGGGGAAGAUGUGUCUCUUCCACUCCACCA